UUCUUCUUCUUCUUCUUCUUCUCCUUCUUCAUUCCGGUUAGGCUCCCCAUUUAUGCUUUCAACUGUUCUGCUUAAUUGUGUUAUUCAGCCUUUACCUCCAUCUGAAUUGAGGCUUUCAUAGUUUCUUUUGGUUGGUUUGAUUUCAGAAACCGUCGAUGUUCAAUUGCAAAAACAUAUUUGCACGCACUCAAACUAUUAGGAACUGGUCUAGAUGCAAUUUCAAUUCUGCUUCUUCUUCUUCUUCUUCUUCUUCUUCUUCUUCUUCUUCUUUCAAAUUCGAAACCGGAAAUUAUUAUUCUGUUCUUCAGUCCUCUAGUUUUCAGCAUUGGUUCAAAAAUUGGAAAGAACUUCGGAAGCAUAAGUUAACAGCAAGUACUUUUGCUGGGGCUAUUGGGUUUUGGCCUCGUCGAAGGGCACAGUUGUGGUUAGAGAAACUUGGGGCAAUUGACCAGUUUUCUGGUAAUCUUGCAACUUGUUGGAGUAACAUGAAAGAAGAAGAGGCCCUUGAGCGAUAUAAGCUGAUUACAGGGAACUCUGUUUUGUUUCCUGAGUUUCAAGUCUAUGAGAAAGGAAACUCUGAAUAUGAUUGGUUAGCUGCUUCACCUGAUGGUGCAAUUGACAAGAUGGUCUAUGGAUUGCCCUCACGAGGUGUGUUGGAGAUUAAGUGCCCAUUUUUUGAUGGUGAUAUGGCAAAGGCUUCACCAUGGUCUCGAGUUCCUCUUUACUGUAUUCCUCAGGCUCAAGGUUUGAUGGAAAUAAUGGAUAGAGAUUGGAUGGAUUUUUAUGUUUGGACUCCUAAAGGUAGUAGUUUGUUUAGAUUGUACCGAGAUGCCGAAUAUUGGGAGGUUUUGAAAAUUGCUUUGUACGAUUUUUGGUGGAAGCAUGUUCAACCAGCAAGAGAGAUGUGUAGUAAAUAUUCCAUUACAAAUCCCCUCAUUGAGCUGAAGUCUCUUAGGCCAUCACCCAAGCAUGAGUUGUGCAGUUAUAUAGUUUGUGAAAGCAAACGGGUUGUUGAUAAUUCUGAGUUGCUCUUGCGUGAAUUUAAUGGAAGACUUCAAACCUGAUGAUUUCCAAAUAUUUAGUUCAAUGGCUGAAAUUGUAUUUAGGAAUCUGGUAUUUAGAGUUUUAGAGCCUGAAGGAGUUCUUGUUAACAUCAAAAGCCGGGGACCAAAUGGAAACAUUGGCAAAGCAAGCACAGUUUGGCUUUGACUCGACAUCCUACUUUGCUUUCUUGUCGAGAGGGUUCCUAUCACAACCUAAUGUUGGCCCCUGGCCACCACACUAGGAAAGUUAACGAUUUGCAAGUAUUGCCUAGACCUGCUCCGAACAUGCCGUGGCACAUGUCACACUCCCAUUCUCUCUUCAUUGGAACGCAAGGACAUGGUAGCAGCGGUUAGCUUCACUGUACAGCAUGAAGGCCAAAGGGCCGGGGGAAGUAAGCUUGAUGGCUUUCUGUUUGAAGUCUACUGACUUAAAAAAUCUCAUGGUUACUUUUUCCCUAUUCUGUUAAAAAUUCUGUGUGGCAAUAGAGUGGAGACGAUCUCCAUGUUUGGUAAUGGGUUUUCUGAAAGUUGCCCUGUUGGAGCUUGGAUGAGGUAUCAGUUUCAAGCCUCACUCUUUGUCAUCAAUUGGAUUGCUUGAAGAGUAUUGUCCAACGUUAUACUGAUCUUGGUUUUCAGUUUAUGCGGCCUUUUUCAGCUGCUCAAAUAAGAAUAGUUCCUCUUGAAGUUUUACGGAUAUGCAUGUCAACGACAUUGUUUUUGAUGCAGUUGUUGUUCCAAUAGAAAAGCAAGGAUUCUUUGGAUCAACACUAUCAAAUCUACUAUUUGGAGAGACUUUGGUAUGAGAGGAACUCAAGGAUCUUUGGUAGCUAAAGCUUGUAAUACUCGUGGUAAGAAAGCUUCGUGUAGCUCCUUGGUAAGGUUCUUUCUAAGGAACCCUUGGUAAGGUUCUUUCUAGGGUUCCUUAUUCCAGUUGCAAAGCUAAAAAAAGCCUUUCUCCUUGCUUCUUAUCUUAGAAAACAAUCAUAAAAAACAGGUCCAAAAGGAACUAAAAGUGAAACAAGAAUCUAUGGUAAGAUUAUAAGAUAUGAGUGGAGUAGUGACUAAAAAUGAUUAUUUUUAUUUUUUUGGAUUGUGAAUUAUGAUUGAUCUUCAGUUCAAUGAAACUUCUUAAAAACUAUUCCAUUCA